UUUAAAGGCUUAGGAUGGACCUCCAGUACUGUACCCCAAGGAUGCUGGCAGGGACACUCUGACUCAUUAAGGCAGAACUGAGUGUCAGCAGAGAAAGGAGACAUCAGCUGCCCAGACACCGUCCCAGAGGGAUUCUGAGCAGUGCUGCUCAAGGCAUUACCUGGCCAGCGGAGCUCACUGUGGGAGUCAUGGAUGGGAAUGCCACCAUCUCCACCAGCUUCCUUUCUGUGCUUGACCCCCACGAAACCCAAGCUGCUUCCUUUCCAUUCAACUUCAGCUAUGGCGACUACGACAUGCCCUUGGAUGAAGAUGAAGACGUGACCAAUUCUUGGACUUUCUUUGCUGCCAAGAUUGUCAUUGGCAUGGCCCUGGUGGGCAUCAUGCUGGUUUGUGGCAUUGGCAACUUCAUCUUCAUUGCUGCCCUGGCCCGCUACAAGAAACUUCGCAACCUUACUAACCUGCUCAUCGCCAAUCUGGCCGUCUCUGAUUUCCUGGUGGCCAUUGUCUGCUGCCCCUUUGAGAUGGACUACUACGUGGUGCGCCAGCUCUCCUGGGAGCAUGGCCACAUCCUGUGUGCGUCUGUCAACUACCUGCGCACUGUCUCCCUCUACGUCUCCACCAAUGCCCUGCUGGCUAUUGCUGUGGACAGGUACCUGGUCAUCGUCCACCCGCUGCGCCCCCGCAUGAAGUGUCAAACGGCCACCGGCCUGAUCGCCGUGGUCUGGGCGGUGUCCAUCCUCAUCGCCAUCCCCUCCGCCUACUUCACCACCGAGACGGUUCUCAUCAUUGUCAAGGACCAGGAGAAGAUCUUCUGCGGCCAGAUCUGGCCGGUGGACCAGCAGCUCUACUACAAGUCCUACUUCCUCUUCAUCUUCGCCGUGGAGUUCGUGGGCCCGGUGGUCGCCAUGACGCUGUGCUACGCGCGCAUCUCGCGGGAACUCUGGUUCAAGGGCGUGCCCGGUUUCCAGACGGAGCAGAUCCGGAAGCGGCUGCGCUGCCGCCGGAAGACGGUGCUGGUGCUCAUGGGCAUCCUCACCGCCUACGUGCUGUGCUGGGCGCCCUUCUACGGCUUCGCGGUCGUGCGCGACUUCUUCCCCGCCGUGUUCGUGAAGGAGAAGCACUACCUCACGGCCUUCUACGUGGUCGAGUGCAUCGCCAUGAGCAACAGCAUGAUCAACACCCUGUGCUUCGUGACCGUCAAGAACAACACCGUCAAGUACUUCAAGAGGAUCCUGCUGCUGCACUGGAAGUCGUCGUCCAGCGGGAGCAAGUCCAGCGCCGACCUGGAUCUCAGGACCACGGCGGUGCCGGCCACGGAGGAGGUGGACUGCAUCAGGAUAAAGUAACGCACGCGCCCUUCCACCUUCUAGAGCGGCCUGUGGGGCGUUGGCCGGCGUCCUGAGAUACACCCCGUCACCCGGAGCGCUGGGCCCGCCGCAGGGGGCAAGUAAAUGGACAGCGCUGUGCACGUGUG